CGGCAACUGGUUUGUUCCAUUAUCCGGAUGACUCCAUUUAUAAUUGAAUUCGACAUCAAUUUAAGUUUCCACGCCCGUUCUCUCGUUUUCAUCAUGAUUCUCACUCCAGGGAUUCGUUUUCUGGCCCUCAUAAUACCUGUCAUCGGUCUAUUUUUUGGUCUUGUCGUCCUCUUGCAAAGAUGGAUCGUCUAUGCGAGUCUCGGCGAUUGCUGCAUUUCCUCUUGGGUCGUAGCCCUGGGCGCGACUUCAUCAGCUAUCGUUUACUGGGCUGCUCGCAUUGUCUGCAUGGCUUACUAUCACGAAAAGGAUGCCAAAUCUAUGGGUGCUCGCCUCAUUCCAUGUGUGCAAGGGAAAUGGCCCGGUAAUGUCGACAUAUUAGCCAAAUUCAGCAGCGUAUGGGCUGAGGGUUACCCAAGCGACGGCUUGGAAGAGAUGAUAGAUGCACACGGGAGUAUCUUCAACCUGCGUCUGCUAUGGUCGGACAUGGUCGUCACGAUGUCACCAAAGCAUAUCCAGCACAUCCUUGCCACAGAAUUUAUUAAUUUCGAGAAAGGUCAGAGGUUACGAAAUGCCAUGAAAUCUGUCUUAGGUACCGGGGUAUUCAAUACUGAUGGCGAUAUGUGGAAGUUCCAUCGAUCAAUGACGCGACCUUUCUUUACGCGAGACCGGAUCACUCAUUUCGAUCUAUACGACAAGCAUGCGGAGGCAACAAUCUCUCAGAUGAAGCGCAGGCUCUGCAGUGGGUAUCCCGUGGAUAUCCAAGAUCUAAUGGGCCGGUUUACGAUGGAUUCGGCAACUAAUUUCCUCUUCGGCUCUUGUGUUGACAGUCUUUCAGCGACGUUACCCUAUCCACGCAAUGCUUCUGUCGGCCCAAGCGAGUGUAACAAUAACGACUCUAACAAAGCCAAUGCAUUUGUGGAGGCGUUUCUCACGGCACAGCACACUCUGUCAAAAAGAGAGCGUCUGGGAUGGAUCUGGCCGCUCUUCGAGAUUGCUAAGGAUAAUACGGACGCUCCCAUGAAGAUCGUACAUGGCUUUGUCGAGCCUAUCGUUGAGGCGGCACUCCAGAAAAAGAAAGCAUCCGGUUUCGCAAGUAACAAAGAUAUCAAUGAAAUCGGCGACGACGAGACAUUACUGGACCAUCUCGUCAGUAUGACAUCUGACCUGGUGGUCAUUAGGGAUGAAACGUUGAAUAUUUUAUUAGCCGCACGCGAUACCACCGCAGCGACACUUACUUUUGUCAUCUACUUUUUGUCCAUGUAUCCGGAAAUUUGCUCACGCCUCAGAGGAGAAAUCCUGACAAAAGUUGGUCCUAACCGCAUACCCACCUUUGAGGAUAUCAAAGACAUGAAGUAUUUGAGGGCAGUCAUCAAUGAAACGCUGCGAUUGUACCCCGUCGUGUGUGUAUCCAUAGUCAAUUCGCUCGAAUAUUUUCUGACCGUCUUUGUAGUCCUUUCAACGUCAGGGAUUCUAUCAACGCAACAACAUUUCCUUCAGAUGACCCCUCCGCAAAGCCCUUUUAUAUUCCCGCACACACGAAGUGCUUUUAUUCUUCCUGAUAUUUUAUUCCUUGAUCUCACGGCGCGCACACUUCUCAGAACCCUCUAUUCUGUCUUCCUCAUGCAUCGCCGAAAAGAUCUCUGGGGCCCUGAUGCUGAGGAAUUCGACCCUGACCGGUUCCUGGACCAUCGGCUCAAAACCUACCUGACACCCAAUCCUUUUAUCUUCCUUCCUUUCAACGCGGGACCGAGGAUCUGCUUGGGGCAACAGUUUGCAUAUAAUGAAGUAUCCUUCAUGCUUGUUCGACUCUUGCAGAGUUUUUCUUCGUUUGAAUUCUGUGAGGAUGUUCUUCCGACUGAGUGUCGUACACCAGCAGAUUGGACGAAGUGCAAAGGGAGGAAAGCGAUCGAUAAGUUUUUGCCAAGGUCUACGUUGACUUUGUAUAGUGUGGGCGGUAUGUGGAUUAAGGCAACUGAAGCCGAUAGAGCUUGAAACCAAUGAAAAAUGAUACGUAUGUUCCAGUAUUGUCGCUUGUGUACCUGUGUUAUGUGUCUAUACCGACUAAUGAGCUUAAAACUUCUUUUACGAAUUAUUAUGGUUUUGUUGGUGCGCUGAGAAGGCGUUGUUAUUAGUCGCAGACAAUCUCACGAUCCUUUCUGCUUGUGGAGGAGAGAGUGCCCGCGACCAUGAGCGAAUGACUGCAUUAUGGGAGUCAAUUAUAUACACUCAUCUGUCAUCUCC